AGACAGUACAUUCCAUCAUCUUCUACCUUCCUUCUGCCAUAUAUUUUCAUGAAAAUAAAGGAUGGCCUAUGGUAGAAGAAGUACCACCUCUUCAAUCUCCGAGGCCCUCACCGACCUCCAUCCUCUGCCGUACCCGGUCUUGGUCAUCCUAGGAGUGAUCUUCAUCUUCCUCUUCACGUCAUGGUACUUCAGCUUCGAGGAUUUCAUGGAAAGUGUCCAAGAGCAAACGGGCUGGAUUCUAUUGGCUGCACCGCUGGUCUUGCUUGUCCUUGUCCGGUGGUUGUCGACGUCCACGGAAGACCCGACGACCUUCUUUACAGCUUCUCCAUGGGACCAGCGGCGUCGAAUGUAUCGCCCGCCAGCCGAGGGAAGCUCGCCUUGGGGAGUGGCCGCUUUGAUAGUUUUGCUGCUUGUUUUGAUGCAAUACCAAUCUGCCUUUCAAGAAAGCUGGUUUAACCCUUUUUGAAUACUUCUAUGUUGAAAAACCUGUGGAAUAAGCAUUGACCAAUGCCAGUGUCCUCCGAGGAGUCUCCAAACAAGAGAAGAAGACGAAGUCAAGACAGACAAUGCAACAUAUGUCACGGGACAACGGAGAGUAGAUAAGAAAUGACGGUGGAAAAAAAUGACAACGGAAGAAGUUCUUUGAAAGCAAUCCGAAGCGCCCAUUCCGUGAAGGUUACUCGGAAGCCCGAUGUGUGUCGCAAUCGUCAUGGUUUCCAAUGUCUGAUCAUCUCAUGUCUCCCAAACUCGGUGUUGGCCCGGUCCCCGUAUUAUAGAAGGGCUACUUCCCCUUUCUGUUUCGAGUGCAUAAUGCUAAUUGCUCUUUUAAAACCUUCGGGA